AUGAACAUGUUUAUGGUAACAUUAUCGGUAUUAUCCCUAAUGGGUGUCCGGGGUAGAGUUUUGGAGCAAAAGGAUAUUGAAGGUAUACCACGUUUGGAUGGUCGCAUUGUUGGUGGUCAUCGCAUUAAUAUCAAAGAGGCACCUCAUCAAGUAUCACUGCAAACAUCUUCGCACUUUUGUGGUGGUUCCAUUAUCUCGAAGCAGUGGAUUUUGACCGCGGCCCACUGUACUUAUGGUAAAACUGCUGAUCGUCUCAAGGUACGCUUGGGUACCUCCGAAUAUGCACGAGGCGGAGAACUCAUAGAUGUUGCAGAAAUUGUUCAACAUGAAAAAUUUAAUACCUCCAAUGUGGACUAUGAUUAUUCGUUGCUGAAAUUGGCACGAGAAAUUGAAUUCGAUGAAACGAAACAACCCGCCAAGCUACCAGAAACCAAAGAGGAUGUUAAGGACGGUGAUAAUUGUAAGGUUACCGGAUGGGGUAGUACCAAAAAUGUAUUCGAACGUCGUAAUUGGUUGCGACAAACUGAAGUUCCCAUUUUCAAUCAAGAUGAAUGUUCGGAAAAAUAUCAGAGAUUUGGUGGCGUUACCGAACGCAUGAUUUGUGCUGGAUAUACUGAAGGUGGUAAGGAUGCCUGUCAGGGUGAUUCAGGUGGUCCACUGGUAACGGAGGAUGGUGUCUUAGUUGGUGUGGUGUCAUGGGGUUAUGGUUGUGCCCGACCACAAUAUCCUGGUAUUUAUUCGAGGGUGUCUUAUGUUCGUGAUUGGAUUCGCACCAAUACCCAGGGUAGAUUUUUGGAGGAGAUGAAUGUGGAAGGAUCGCCUCGUUUGGAUGGUCGCAUUGUGGGAGGACAUAAAAUCAAUAUUACCGAUGCUCCGCAUCAAAUCUCUUUGCAAACUUCGGCACACAUUUGUGGAGGUUCGAUUAUUUCCAAGCAAUGGAUCCUAACUGCGGCCCACUGUACUUAUGGCAAAACUGCCAACCGUAUGAAGGUACGCCUGGGCACUUCCGAAUCUGCCAAGGGCGGUGAACUAAUCGAUGUGGCGGAAAUUGUUCAACAUGAAAAAUUCAACUACUCCAAUGUGGACUAUGAUUAUUCCCUAUUGAAAUUGUCACGUGAAAUUGAAUUCGAUGAAACAAAACAACCGGUCAAGCUACCCGAAACCAAGGAUGAUGCCAAGGAUGGUGACAAUUGUAUGGUUACCGGCUGGGGUAAUACACAAAAUUCUAUGGAAUCUCGUACCUGGUUGCGUCAAGCUGAAGUACCGAUUUUCAAUCAAGAGGAAUGUUCAGCUAAAUACAAGAAAUUUGGUGGUGUAACGGAACGUAUGAUAUGUGCAGGAUACACUGAAGGAGGUAAGGAUGCCUGUCAGGGUGAUUCAGGUGGUCCAUUGGUGACAGAGGAUGGUGUCCUGGUUGGUGUGGUGUCAUGGGGUUAUGGUUGUGCUCGUCCCGAUUUUCCUGGAAUUUAUUCCAGGGUCUCCUAUGUUCGUGAUUGGAUUCGUACCAAUAGUGGUGUUUAA